GGCAAACAUGCACGCGUGGACCCACAGCAAACGGCACUGGACGAAGCGGACAUGCCCCGAUUUGCGGAGCCCAUUGCCAAUGUCACCGUCUCCAUUGGCCGAGAUGCACUGCUCGCCUGUGUCGUUGAGAACCUAAAGGGCUAUAAAGUGGCCUGGGUGCGCGUCGAUACCCAGACAAUACUCUCCAUACAUCACAAUGUCAUAUCACAAAAUAAUCGCAUCAGUCUGACCUACAAUGAUCAUCGAUCGUGGUAUUUGCAUAUCAAGGAGGUGGAGGAAACAGAUCGUGGCUGGUACAUGUGCCAGGUGAAUACAGAUCCGAUGCGUUCGAGGAAGGGCUACCUGCAGGUGGUGGUGCCCCCCAUGAUAGUCGAGGGCAUGACCAGCAACGACAUGGUCGUCCGAGAGGGUCAGAAUGUGUCGCUGAUGUGCAAGGCGCGCGGCUACCCGGAGCCCUACGUCAUGUGGCGGCGCGAGGACGGCGAGGAAAUGCUAAUUGGCGGAGAGCACGUCAAUGUCGUCGAUGGCGAGCUGCUGCACAUCACCAAAGUGAGCCGUCUCCACAUGGCGGCCUAUCUCUGCGUGGCAUCCAACGGUGUUCCGCCAUCGAUUAGCAAGCGCGUCCAUUUGCGAGUUCAAUUUCCUCCCAUGCUGUCUAUACCAAACCAGCUAGAGGGCGCCUAUUUGGGCCAGGACGUUAUGCUGGAGUGUCACACUGAGGCAUAUCCGGCCUCUAUUAACUAUUGGACAACGGAACGCGGCGACAUGAUAAUAUCAGACACUUCCCGGGCGGGCGAUAAAUACGAGACCACAUCAACCGUCAGCGGUUAUACGAAAUAUAUGAAGUUAAAAAUUCGCGCCGUUGGCCCGAACGAUUUUGGCACCUAUCGCUGCGUGGCAAAAAACUCGCUGGGCGAAACCGAUGGCAACAUUAAGCUCGACGAAAUGCCCACGCCCACAACAGCAAUAAUAUCCGAGAUGGCCAUGUUGAACCGCAGCUACGAUGGCAAGAGACGUCAUAGAAAUAAAUUUGAGUCGGCUAACGCUUUGCCUGAUUACGGGGUUGAGGAGUGGCGUGACGGUGCUCAAGGCAACCAUGGUGGCAACACUGGCGAUAACAAUCAAACGCCCGUGCGUAAUCCGCCCGGAGCAUUUCACAAUUCUGCAGGCUCACUGGCACAGCAUAAUCUACUUGGUAAAAUAAUGCGCGGCAUUAAAACGCAAUCAUUUGGGAUUUUCAAACGUUUAUCGAGUUAUUUGCCGGCGGCGCUGCUGGCGUCGCUGCCAGCGUCGACAAGUCGAUGGCGUAUGAGUAAUAUGAAAAGCCAAGCCCACAUUCAGCCACUGGAGACUGCUGUCAGCGUGCAGUCAAACAUAAACAGCAGCAGCAGCAGCAGCAGCAGCAGCAGCAGCAGCGGCAGCAGCCAAAGGACCAGCCACAGUAGCAACACCAACAACAGCAACAACACCAACAACAACAACCAGACCAGCAAUAGCAAUCGAUGGGCGUGGCAGCCAGAGCCGCGCAUAUUUCACAUAGCUCAUACGCCGCGUGUGACGACGCAAUGCGAUUGGCCAACGCUCAUUUGCAUAGUAAUAUUGUCAGCGGGCAUUGUUGUUGUUGUUGCCACGGAUGUUGUUGUUAUGCCCUUGUUGCUGGCGCUGCAUUUUAUCGGCAGCCGGAUCGCAUUUUCUAUUAGUGCGGCGCAUAGGCAACAUUUAAUGCUAACAUUUUCGGCUGUUGGUAAUAAGGUUGCCGCAUUGUUGCCGCAAAUUUAUACAACAACAGCAGCAGCAAUAGCAGCAGCAGCAGCAGCAGCAGCCGGAGCAGGAGGUGCGGCAGGAGCAACCCAGCCAAACACAUUUAGUGUGCUUUGCCAGCGCUGGCAUUCGAGAUGAAAUCAAAUAAUUGCAAAAAACUCAUUUAGGGCACAACAACAUGACGGAGCGGAUGAAGAAGUGGAGCCAGAAGAAGACGAAGAAGAAGUAGUCGAGCUAGAAGAAGCAGCAGAACAAACCGCACGCCAAGAGCGUGCAAAACAGAAUCAAACUUAGACAAGUAAGUGAAAAGUAUAAAA